AUGUUGAAAAAUCUGAGAAAUAUAGUCAAGAGCUGGCCCAAAGACCCCACUAAAGACAGUCGUGACCUCGGACGAGCUCUAGUCGGGUUUGUCGACAGGAAGUAUGGGAAUGUGGAGGGUAACAAGCAAUUAAUGCAACAGGCGGAAGCCGACUCGGAAGCGUUGAAAAAGUUACUGAAUGGUGAAGCAAGAAUAGCGGUAUGUUAUUUUCCUUAUACCCUUUAGUUAUUUGUUGUGUAUAGUUAAUACAAUAUGUGUGUUUUAGUUGUUGACUAUGCAUUUCAGGAGUUAUAGUAAUUGUUUUACACAUAUGUGAAUCUAUCACAGGAUCGGUUAAGUGAUGUUAACCCUGUUAUGAGUAGCACACAUCGGCUAUUGUGCUACAUCGAUUGACGGGCGGUGCAGAUCUGUAUACCGUUAAUAUCUAC